UGGAAGCGGCACCUCUGCGCGUAUAGACGAUUUUUGGCUGCGAAGUUUGUGCUCCACUAAAAAUAUUACCGGCGAAGACGCUGAGGCGAGCAGCGAAAGAUGAAGAACGAAAGCAAAGGCAGUAAACAGCGGAAUUUCAGGAUAGCCGUCCUCGGGCAUUCCAACGUUGGAAAAUCAGCGCUGACGGUUCGUUACUUGACGCGGCGCUUCAUCGGCGAGUACCAUUCCAACUCAGACCUGCUUUACCGGCAGACAGUCAACGUUCAAAAUAGCCAGCUGGACGUCGAGAUCGUCGACGUUUCUGGCGAAACGAGGGAUUGCGAAUUUCCCGCCGAACUGGUGCAGUGGGCCGACGUUUGCAUUCUGGUGUACGCAGUCAACGACAGAGACAGUUUCGAAACGGCCAGGCGCCUGCUGGAAAGGCUGAGUCAAGAGCGGAAGUCGCGCAGCAAAGACGAGGAGCGACCCAUCUUCGCCCUCAUUGGCAACAAAGCAGAUCUCGAGCAUUUCAGAGUGGUGGCCAAAAGUGACGGCAGCGAGUCGGCAGCCGAGCACAACUGUUACUUCGCGGAACUCUCGGUGGCCGAGGACUGCGACGAAGUGAUCAAAGUUUUCGAAACAAUCAUGUUGAAGUGCCGAACUCCGACCUCGCCGUCGGGCCCCUUGAAAAAAGAACCCUACUUCGGCACCUCGGAGAACAAAAGUGGUUUCACCAUUCGCAAAUUUUCCGUCACCAAAAUCCUCUCGUCCCUCAUCGCGAAAGCGACCAACACAUCUGCAAACACCAGCAGCUCCGGUUCGACGCCCGGCAACGGCACCAUGGUCGUGUGCCAACCUUCGGACCUGCACAAGAACAAACUCGUCCAGCGAAGGCUCGGCAGGGUCUCCCUGUGAAUGUGCAUUUUAAAAUUUAAGAGAGAACAUUUGAAAGGUGGAAAAAGCAGAGAUUUGAGGCACGUGACUGUGAAAUUCCAUGGUGGUGAAAUCUAAGACUGAGUCGGUUAGUUCAUUUUUACAUCGCAAUGCACAUUUUCAACUUAAAAAAAAGCGGAUCGAGAGUGCGGAGAACAUACAAAAAUGUCAAACUUGUAUAUUUAUAUCGUCAAUGCUGGUCAAUCCUACGAUAUUUUGUAAUGCGCACACAAAUAAAAAUCAUGAGAAAAUACUU